AUUAUUGUUUAAAAAUUUUCAAUUGUUGAUAUACAAUUCUUCCACUAUUCAAAUGCCAAAAAUAAGAAAAAAAUUGUACUGUUAACAGAUUCAGAAGAUGAUUCUGAUGAUAAUGAUAAUGAUAAUGUCAAGAAAACUUUGAAUAAAGUUCGUCCAAGUUUUGUGUCAUCAAAUGUUGUCAAUUCGUAUCGUAAAUUUUUAAAUGAUGAUGAAAAAUGGAAGAAAAUUCUUGAAAAUGAUGAUCAUGUUAAGAAAAAAUUGUUGGUAAAUAAUCAUCAUAAAAUUGUUGACGAUAAAUUAUCUGGAACUGGUGAUAGUGAUGUAAAAAAUAAAAAUCAUAACCAUAAUGACCACUGUAAACAGAAUGAUGAUCAAAUUCAGCCGAUGGAUUCGACCAGUUUUAAAAAAAGACGAGUUACAUCUGAUUCCUGUGAAAUUCAACAAAUAAAUUCUCCAACAACGAUAAAUGAAGUUUAUGAUUCAUCAGUAGAAAUUAUUGAAUUAACUGAUGAUAGUAAAUCACCAUUGCCUAGUAUGAAUUCAUCAAUAAUUCACGAUUAUGAAGAAAUCGAUGAUGUUUUAUAUGAUUGGAUAAGAAUACGUAUCAAACGUUUGGAUAGAAUCGAAUACUUUAAGAUGCUUCGUACGGCAACAUUUUCAUCAAUAUUUGAUCAAAUUGCUGAACGUUUCGACAUUUCUAUAUCUCGAUUAAUCCUAUAUCUAAAUGAUAAUAUUGUGGAUGCAAAAUCAACACCUCAAUCUAUAAAUCUAUCAGUAGCCGAUAUAUUUGAAAUGUUUGUUCGUUCCGAUGAACAACGAUUGGAUGAUUCGAUGGCAAAUGAAAUUGGACCAAACACACAAAAUGAUGAUCCAAAUGUAAUUGAAUUACAUCUUCGUGAUUCAAAUAAAAAACGUCUUACAUGUUUUGUGAAUCGAUUUGAAAAUGUUCAAUAUUUAGCUGAAAUUUAUGCAAAAGAUCGAUGUAUUCCUAUUGAAAAAAUUCUACUAAAAUUUGAUUAUGAACCAAUGAAUUUAAUGGAAAAAAUCGAUACCUAUGAUUUGGAAAAUGAUGAUCAAAUCGAUGUCAUUAUUAAACAAUGA